UUGUGUUCUCAGUAAACAGGCUACGUUUUAUCUGCAUCUGAUCUGUAUUGCGGCUUUUGCAGAUAUUUGAUGAUUAUAACAUUGAAAGCCCUUUUGAUAUAUAUAUUUUGUAUGGUAUUUUAGCUUAUGAAAGCCACUUCUAACAGGACUUUGACCUUAAAAAUUUUUAUCCAAGGUAAAAAUUUGUGGAAUUGGAAACUGGUGUUGGCAGAGGUUUGUGCUCUAUGAGCGCUGCGCUCUAGUUAUUGUUGUUGUUAUGUUAUUCCUCCAGAAACCAUGUGUUUGCGUGAUGUCUGUACCUUGCAUGCCUGCAUAUAUGCAAUAUUGUUUUAUAUAUAGCACUGCAAAAGUGCCUCCACCUGCAAAGGCAAGUGUUAAAGGUGAUAACAAAAGGUUGAUAUCACCAGGCUCAUCCUGAUCCUGCAGCACAACCUCAGUCACGGAGUGGGAGGAGUGCAGGAGGAGUAGUUUUCAAAGGAGGAGCUCUUUGCCAUAACCCCUAUGCUUCUUGCCUGGAAGGAAGAGACCUAUCUCUGAUCAGAUUUCGGGUAUCCUAAAGGGGCACUUAACUAAUGGGAUCUUAUCGAUGUUUUUUUCCCUGAUCUUUGCACGGAGGAAUGUUAAUGUUUGCCACAGACUGUCUGUUUGGAUUGUUUGCUGUGCUUCUGUAUGCUCAUGUCAUGGAGCCUGAUGGAGAUGAAUUAAGCACACGGACCGAACGGUGUGCUUCACUGAGUGGACUAUGGAAGUAAUUAUGUUUGCAGUGCACAUGUGUGAGGAGAAGUGUGUGUCCCAUGCUGCACUAGUGUCUGUGUGAAAUGCUGGCCUGUCUGCCGGGGCCAGGUGACCUCCCCCUCCAGCUUCUCCCCCACACUCAGAUGAACACUGGACUUCAGAAAUGGGACAUCACACAAAGGAUGAGAUCCACUCCGUUUCCAACCCCUGCAGAAUUGGAUGCUUAUGCUAAGAAGGUUGCCAACAACCCCCUCACCAUCAAGAUCUUCCCCAACAGCAUCAAGGUCCCGCAGCGAAACCACAUGCGGCGUACAGUCAAUGGCCUGGAUACGUCAGGCCAACGCUACAGCCCUUACCCUUCUUCUGCCAAGACAGGCCUCCUCGCCAUUGUCAAGGGGCCCACAGUCAAAGGCAUCCUGAAGGAUCUGGAUGGUAGCCGGGCUCGCUUGCACCCUGAAGUCAUCAUGAACCCUCCUGCUGGACCUUACCAUGUGGCUUCUGCCAGCACUUUAAACCAACACCACUCACCUCCAUCGAGCCUUCCCCGGCACCAGCAAAGCUUGACUCUUCAAACUCAAGACCCCCCUCUACAGAUGCCCCUUCUUCAACAACAUGGUGCCACCCAAACCCUCAGACACCCCCCCUCCAUGAUGAAGCACCCUCAAAGCCCACCCAGACUUCAGACUCAGCACCAAGGGAUCAGUCACCUACCAGGGACACCUAGUGUCAUGCUUCAACAGCAACACCUUCAGCAGCAGUUGCCACCUGUCCUGCAGGGGAGUAGGAAACUGCCAGAUGGUGAUGCACCACCGAACAUUACUGUCUCUACCUCAACCAUUCCGCUGUCUAUGGCCAGUGGCGUGCACCAAGGCCCCCAGGCUGAUCUCAACAGCAUUGUGCAUCAGAUUAACCAGUUCUGCCAAGCUCGGGCCCAAGGUGCCAGAGCCUCCUCCAUGUGCGAGGGUCAGAUUGCCAAUCCCAGCCCCAUUAGUCGUAACAUACUCAUCAGCGCUUGCUCCAGGGUGUCAAUGCACAGUAACCCUGCCACCCCUGGAUUCUCACAGCCCAAAUGUGUAAUUUGCCCAAGAGAGAAAGCCACCGCCCCUCUGGGUGCUCAACCUCCACCCACCACGGCUGCGGUCAACCACUUGCCUUCUAACCACACGGAUAUAAAGCACCAUCAGUUACAGUUACAGCAUCUACAUCUACAACCUCUGCAACAACAUAGCAAUGCACAGCAGAAGAUACGCUCAUGGAAUCAGCAACAUUUGGCUCAUUUACCCCAAAUUCACAAUGGUGUCACCCACCUCUGCAAGCAGCCUAACAGGGAACCCACCUUCCUUUUUAAUGGUCUAGGAUACCCUGCAGAGGUGUGUGUGGGUCAUCCUUACACACUGAAACCUCUCGUAGAAAGGCCCACCCCGUCUCCCCCUGUCAACAACAACGGAAUGCCGGGUCCCAUGGCUCACUACACGAACAGCCACUACUUCCAGUCCCACAUUUGGAACAGCAGCAUCCUUCCCACACCCAACAGUGACAGCUCGGGCUCUCAGGAAGUAGCCAUGCCAUUUUAUGGUGCUGGCACCAUGGGGGGCACCACACUAGAUUGUGGUCCCCCUGGGGGUUCUCAUUACAGGCUCGGAACAGGAUCCUCCUCCAUCCAGACUUAUCUGAUGCAAACAGCAGAUUACAUAGGCGGGGAUUUCCAGACGCCCUACAUCCGUGAUCAGAAUCUCGGGCUGAUGGGCAAGAUGCACAGGCCUCCUCUGAGCAGAGUAGGUCCAGAAGUUGGAGACUGCAGAACUGCUCUCAUCCAGCACCCAGGACACUGGAGACUCCAACGUACUGCUGGAACAUCUUCUAGUUUUGAAAUGUAACUAUUUAUUUGUACCAUAAUAGGAGUAUUGGCGAUCGACUUUGGUGUCAGUUAAGGAAACAUGCCAUCAGGAUCCAGUAGGGGGCAGAUGUAUUCAUAAGGAGAAGCUCUGUCCUGCUUAAAAUGCUGCCAGAAAUUCACUGGUGUUUGUAAAAUAAUGCCAAUGUCAGGAAGGUUCGGCAGCAAGAUUGUGAAAUGUAAAGAAGAUUCAGAACUGCGGCAGAAGGUCAACUCUUGUUUAGGACGUACUGUUAUCAAGAUGUGCCAUUUUACUAUUUAAUUUUUCAGCCUUGUAACCAUGAAAAACUUAUUAUUUGAAUGUCGAUUGUUUUGGAGCUGUUGAAGGGGAACAUCUGAGUGAAACAGAACCAGGUUGCGGAGAAGAUGAAAUAUCAUUGCUAACGUCCUCUAGUGUCUGACGGCCAAACCGACGGUAACUUAGCGUGAAAUAUUUGUGGUUGCUACUGAUACCGAUGUGAAGUGCUUUUAAAAAAUACCACAUUGAUCACUUGCAAGAUGACUUGGACGUUGGGGGAAAAACUGACUUAAGUUUAAAAUGAAACAGCAAAUGCAUUGUUUAUUUUGUUGUACACUGGCUUAUCUACUAGACUACUGUAACUUUAAAGGUUUUAAUGAUUGUGUGUGUGUGUGUGUGUGUGUGUGUGUGUGUGUGUGUGUGUGUGUGUGUGUGUGUGUGUGUGUGUGUGUGUGUGUGUGUGUGUGUGUGUGUGUGUGUGUUACACUACAAUGCCCGCAUUUUGUUAACCAAACUCCCUAACAGCCCUUAAAAAGCCUUAAGUGUUCGGUCCUCGGACUUUCCUUUGAAAAAGAGCUUGGUUUGAAUAAAACCUCCCAAA